UAGGAUGUCCACCGAGUUGCCAAAAUCACCGCGUGAGACACGGAGUCGGGUUAAAAGAGAGCAAAUCUGGCAACCAGGAGCACUUCCGCGCUGUUCUGUAACGAUGUAAAGAUCUGCGUCUGCUGUCAGGCAGAUCUAUUCAGGACCAGCUCCUUAUUUACCACCUUGUACAUCAUGCUUGGUCCAGCCCAGACCAGGAGAGGGACGGACCAUGUGGGAGUCAUAUGAACACAGAAGACAAGAAACAAACGAAUAGAGAGAGAGAUAGAGAGAGAUUUUCCCCUGAAAUGAACACGACCACCGAGUCCCCUCACCCGGGCGGAGGAGACGUGGCCCUGACGUACGUGCUGCUCCCGUUUCUCAUCAUCACCUUCGCCGGGAUUAUUCUAGCGGUGGUGAUGUACGUGAAGAGGAGGCAAAGGAUCGACAGAUUACGGCAUCAGCUGCUCCCGGUGUACACGUACGACCCGACCGAGGAGCUGAACGAAGCCGAGCAGGAGAUGUGGAGAGAAGAUGACACUAAGGGCUGGACGACGUCGUACCAACAGCAGUGGCCUCUUCUCCCCAAAAACCGAAACGUUUCACAGAAGAUGUGAUUUAUACUCAGACGCUCGACAUUCUGGAGAAUAAAGUGCACUUCACGUGUGAUUCGGACACGUCGCUCCGGUCUCUUCACCGGGAAACGGGAAAAAAAAAAUACAGGAAGGAAAAGACGGAAAUGGACGAUGCUGCGUUUUCUGCGAUGCAUUUGUUACACACACUGUCACACACACACACACACAAUAAUGCAAAUAGGAAGCCCAUAGAAAGCACAGAAGUGUACAGAAGUGUAUUUAUUCAUAGAGUUGGCUGAUCUACAGUUUAUCGAGGUAUCCCAGAGGUUCCUCAAGGAGUGACGUAGCAGGUCCGAGUAAUGAAGCCAAACACGUAAUGAUACGGAUAAAUGUUUAAAAUCAUGAUAGUGACACAUCGGAUUACAUUUUACAUUUCAGUUUACAUUUUCUUUGCAUUCGCUUGCUAUCCAAAGAUGUGACUACGUCUCCAUGGAAACCAGUUCUGGAUGUGGAAUCUGAAGCAUCACAGAAAUGAUAUGCAUUAUAUACCAUAAUAGUAAUCAUCAUCAUCAUCAUCAUCAUCAUUAUUAUUAUUAAUAUUAAGCCUAAGAGUUCUGAAAAUCAGGGCAGAAUUUUCAGCACUCGCACUUCCUGCUCUGAUACCUGCUGGUGUGGAAGGAUUUAUUUAUUUAUUUAUUUAUUUUUGCUGUUGUGUGUGUGUGUGUGUGUGUAAUGUGUUAUUAUAUCAGGUCGGUCAUCCUUACACUUUAUACAGUUUACUGUUGAAACCUUCUUCGGAAAUGACUUUCUCUGAGAACUCGUAAACUUCUUAUCCAGAGCUGGAAAGUGUGUGUGUGUGUGUGUGUGUGUGUGUGUGUGUACAAAACACACGCCUGCCACAUUUCAGACUUCUUGCUUCCAUCAUGUCACACCAGCCGAAAUGAAAUCCACACCGUUGUCGGAUAAAUAACUUUUUAAAGUCGGCUGUCGAACCGUGACGCUUGCAUCGACCGAUCGUUGGCAGGGAUUACAGGAAACUCCACCCCUUUAACUUCAGAAACUAGAACAAAUCAGCCUCAGGAAACCUGAAGACCUGAACGUGAUGAAACGAGCAUGUGCUGUAAAAUGUACCGAAGACUUGCAUCAUUAUGGGUCAUAAUAUUAAAGAGAUUUAUUAAAUGUUAUAAAAGUAUUGAUUUUUAUUUAAAAAAUAAAUAAAUAAAUAAAUCCACCUUUGUCUAAUCAUAA